GAUACGGAGCUGAUAUUCCUUCUCUUCUCCGCUUCUUACAGAAUUUGAUUUGAUCCCCGUCUGCUCGGAGGUUGAUCCAUGGGAACGCCGUUAGAAGAUUCUUUAUAUGACACACAAGCGUGUGAAACGUCUACAUCCACCUAUCCACUGAGGAAGACUAUGAGAUGAAGCUGAAAGUUCAGAAGAGCUGAAAGCCUCCCACGCCCCGUGUGUCCGCCCACGCGCGGAUUUGCGUCACGCAGGGAGCAGCGUGGGCGAGAGAGAGAGAGAGAGAGAAAGAGAGAGAGAGGCUCUGUGGCAACCGCGCGGAAUAUCCCACUUUAUUCUGCUGCCCGCGUCAAGCUGCGCGCGAGCAGGGCGCGACACGGACAGGAAGUGGUGACAAAAUAAAAGCACCUGGAAUACACAUGGAGAGUAAAUCAGGAGAAAGAAAAAGUUUCCAGAAAGAGAGGAAGAGGAGAGGAGUGUCGCUCGGUGUGAGCACGCACAGACAAGCACGCGCUCUUUGGCUUCUUCUUUUUGUCCUGGAGAUAAUUUGAUUUUUAUAAAAGAUUAUUUGUCAUUUUUACGCACCGUUGCUGUUUUGGGGGACGCCUUGUUGUGCGGGCUGUUUGUGCACACAUUCACCCCCCGGGCUCUGUGUUGAUAAACAGUGAAGAAGAAGGAGAAAGAGCAGAAGAAGAAGCGGACCAGGGCGGACCAAAGGGGGCCACAAACUCACCAGGUAUGGCGGCGGUGUUGCCGAGAACCCUGGGUGAGCUGCAGCUCUACCGGAUCCUGCAGCGGGCGAACCUGCUCUACUACUACGAGGCCUUCAUCCAGCAGGGCGGCGACGACGUGCAGCAGCUGUGUGAGGCCGGGGAGGAGGAGUUCCUGGAGAUCAUGGCCCUCGUCGGCAUGGCCAGCAAGCCGCUGCACGUGCGCCGCCUGCAGAAGGCGCUCCGCGACUGGGUCACCAACCCGGCCAUCUUCAACCAGCCGCUCACGUCGCUGCCCGUCUGCAGCAUCCCUGUCUACAAGCUCCCCGAGGGCUCGCCCACGCUGCUCAGCGCGCAGGACCGAGCCAACACGGCGAGCGUCAAGAUGCCCAAAGCCGUCGCCGCCGCCUGCUCCGACCCGGGGAAGCUGGACGUGGCGCGGGACAAAGUGUCAGCCGGGUCGCCCCUGCAGGGCAGCAGCGAGGCCCGCUUCUGGUCGGGACACAGCAACGACAGCGAGCACAGCCUGUCGCCGUCAGACCUCGGCUCCCCGUCCUCGCCGAGAGACGCGUUAGAGGCUCUGGACGCCGCCGCCGUCCAGUCGGUCCUGGAGUGUGUGGACAGGAUGGCACCAGGACUUCCUAAGACAGACUUAGCGGAGGUCAAAGAGCAGCUGAAGAACAACAAGAAACUGGCAAAGAUGAUCGGACACAUCUUUGAAAUGAGCGACGACGACUCGCGGCGGGAGGAGGAGAUCCGUAAAUACAGCGCCAUCUACGGACGCUUUGACUCCAAGAGGAGGGACGGCAAACACCUGACGCUGCACGAGCUGACGGUGAACGAGGCGGCGGCCCAGCUCUGUAUGAGGGACAUGGCGCUGCUGACACGUCGAGACGAGCUGUUUGGACUCGCCCGGCAGAUCUCCAGAGAGGUCACGUACAAAUACACCUACCGCACCAGCAAGUCUCGCUGCGGCGACAGAGACGAGCCGUCCCCGAAAAGGAUUAAAACAGAGGAGAACUUCUUCGACAUCCAGGAGGCGCUGCAGGCCAUCCACAUGAGGCAGGAGAUGCUGAGGGAGCAGCUGGCCUGCGCCAAGUCGAAAGGAGAAGAGACCGUCGGGCGAAACCUGCAGAUGCAGCUGGAGCGUCUGCUGGCCAGGCAGAUGGAGAUCCUCCAGGACGCAGCCGUCCAGGAGCGACUCCAGGCUCUGGACUGGAGGAUCCCCCCCGCCGCCUUAAAGUACCUCAACGACGCCCAGAACACCAAUGGAGCCGCCGCUGACGCCAGCAGAGACAACCAAGAUGAACGACCAAUCAACUUGCGUGUGGUUAGUCAGAACAUGCAGGAAGGCGACCUCCCGUUGGGCAAGCAGCUAGCCAAUGAAUUGAAGCGCCAUCACAACCACAACAACAACAACAGCAACACAGACGAGACCAAAACACCAGCAACAGAAAACGGGACGUCGCAGCGAACGUCCAGCAACGCAGAGAAGAAGACCAUCAAGUCAGAGCCGGAAGACUCCACAUAGUGCCUCCCGCCUCGCCCUACCACCACCCCCCACUUCAUUCUACUCACACUUGACAGUAUGCAGUUAUUACCCGUCAAUAGAUACUAAGCAAGCACAGCCACAGUAGAGCCUUAACAACCAAUGUUGCCUCAUGAAUAGCAUUUAUUUUUCUUUGUCUUUUUGUUCUUUUGUUUAAACGGUAUUUGCCAAAGCACCUCGAGAGCAUGACGAGAAGCCCCUCAGUGCUCCGCAGGUCUUUGUCUGUUGAUUAAUUGUACACGUUAGAUGUACAUGUAAUUUAAGAGUGAUCUGUUUGUAUACUCUUUACCUCUUCCUGGGUGUUUUGUUUGUUGCUUUCUUUGGACAGCCAGGUUGCAGGCUGUGACGCCGGGGCUGAGUCUUAACUCAAAGGUAGAUUCAGAGAUGAGACAGAAGCAGAAAGGUUGGCUGUGUUGCUGCACGUCUUCAGCAUCUUGGUAACACUUUAUAUGACUACCAUGUAGCCAAAUUUUAAGGCCUUCGUCAUGCACUUUCAACUUAAAACUAAAGCCGCAGAAGCUGCCAAUAUUAAAUCUAAAAUUGUAUUGCCAAACAAGCAGUGGUACUCUAAACAUGUCUUACUUUGGUCCUGAAAUAUCUUGAUAAAUAUUUGACAGAUUGCUACGAAGUUUGGUUUGGACAUUCCUAAAGACUUUGGCGAUCCUCUUGAUGUAGCGCCAUCUGCAAGUCAUUCAUAAUGAAGCAGUGAAAUAUCUCAACGUUUCCUGAGUAGAGCAGUAGUGGUUUGCUGCCUCUGUCAAGUAGCUGUCUGUUAGUCACUCACUCUACAGCAGGAAAUGGCGCUUCAGAAUAGAAGUGCUGUGCUGGAAAGUCCCUGUACUUCAAAAUAAAGUGUGAAAAAACUUGACACGUUUGAGAGUCACUUGCGGUCCAUUCAGAAUGGAUCCGCGACCCACUUUUGGACCGCAGCCCACCAGUUGGGAACUACGGCCUUCAGGUUUUAUGUGGCGCCCUCAUCAAGUCAGAACGUAUUGGUCCAGUAAUUUGGUUUACGACCAAAUACCUGCAAAACUAACAACAAUAGCUAGCAUGCUAACUAUGAUGGUGACCAUAGCAAACAUUACUAGCUAAUCAUUAGCAUUUAGCUCGAAAGCAAUGCAAGUGCAGUCUCGCAGAUCAUUUUCAUAAUCGAAAGACAAAUUACAGUUAUUUUGGGGUUGGCAGCUCUGCAAGGUCAUUGAAUCAAUAUUACCCUAAUGCUAAUAGUAAACAGUAUAGAUAAAACUUGUGAUAUCUUACUUAUUAGGGCUGCACAAUACAUCAUUUUUCAGUCGUCAUUGUGAUGUCAGCUUGAGCGAUAAACACAUUGCUAAAGACUACGAUAUAGCACUUUGAAUUUACUAACAAUGCAUGAAAAUACAUUAUAUCGUUAGGCGCUAUUUUGUCUGAUACCAGCCAUGCAGUUAACUCUCGGGCCAAUCACAAAGAGUCCUCACCAUUAGGCGUCAUAAUUCUGUUCACGCGACUUACCGCAAGGGUAGUAAAGUGUGCAGGCUAACGUUACCUUUUGUAGAACACCUACUGGAGUUCUUAUUGUCACCGAUUCGCCUUUCCCGCCCUUGUCCCACCAUCUGCUGGUUCAUCCGAGCCUUAUUGAAAGCCGUUGUUUCUUUCGGACUUUAAACCACAGACGCACUCAGGGUGCUUUCAGACCUAGAGUUGGUUGGUGUUCUCACGGCAGCAUUUACAAGAGGACCAGAUCAAAUGCCUUGUGUGAGAAAGCUGCUCUUGAUUGGUCAGAAUUUCCAUGCAGGAAAAAUCCAGGAAGUAAAGCAAACGUUGAAGAAGAGUACACUUGCAAGAUAAAUGUGACACUUUCUAAUGUCACAAUGGAGGGACAACUACGCAGGUUGAUUUUAGCGCUGCUCAUCGUGGACUAUAUUGCUGUCAUUGUUCAUUUUAGUCAAAGCAUACAGUUUGAAAACGAGGCAAACGCGGCUCCAACUAGAAAACAAUGUUUUGAUGCAUUGGAUGUGCUGAAUGUGCAUAUUAAGGCAGUACAGGAGGAGGUGCACAUUAAUAAUCCUCCAUCCUCCAUAAUCCUCCUUUGAUUGAACCGAACCAAACAAAGCAGGUGUGAAGACUUCUUGCCUUCUCCGGUUGAUUUUUUGAGCGUUCUUAUGUGAGCGCUCUGUUAAACAAACGUACGCCAAACCUGUUGAAACGUUAAGAUUUAUCGGGAAAAGACAAGCAAUUCUUUGUAAGAUCAGACAUUAAGCACCCCUGUAUAGCCACGAUGGAACAGUCCUUUGUUUCAUAUCAGCAUUUUCCUUCAACUGUGACGAUUCGACUGAGGUCGGCGGUCAAAUCAGGCUCCGUAGAUCGAAUCGUCCACUGUUCUUGGUCACCCCUUCAUGAGAGACAACAUUUUAGCAUGGUGUCCUCAUAUUGUGCAGCUCUAAAUCUUAAUGGUAGACAUACAAAGCGUUACCUAAAAAUGAGAUCUUUGGUCAGUGGCGUCAUUUUUCGUCAGCAUCCAGAAAGUCACUCCAUGUCCAUGACUUCACAACUCGUCUCCUGUAAGACGUUCAAACCUACCAGCACUAGCCAAAGAUUCAGCAACACUCGGCUGCUGGCCGUCGCCCCACGUCUUCUGAGCCUCCGUCAUUCUCCCAAAUCUAACUUAGGGUGUCUGCAUUUGUACUGUAACUCAGAGGUGUAAAAAAAAAAUGUACUGUAGGGAGAUGGAGUCAGGACUCAGCCCCUUCAGCAGGUUUUCCUUUUUUCUUUACUUUGUCGUUGACUUCAAAUGGGAAACCAGGAGAGGUGGGGUUAAUCCUUCCCUCCGCACUCUUGUCUUGUGUAUAUUUAUGGAAGGUAAUUUAAGAAGAGGAUGUAUAGGAGCUGUUGUGGAGAAACAGCAGGGGACCUCUGUCAUUCGUCUUGGUAGGAUGGCUGGGCUGGCAUGCCGGAGGCCGAGCUAAUUGGUUCAUUUCACUUUGUAAUUUAGCUAAACACUGCAUGCUGGAGCGAAACCACGCAUCUGCAAACGGGGAGUAUUUCAGGACUAAAGAUGUGGUUUUUCAGCAGCUUUUUGGAGACAGAAUCAAAUAUUAAAGAUUGCAGGUGUGUGUUUUUUUAUUUCUCUCCAGCUGCAGCCAAAAGCAAAAUUUCCUGUUUAUUGCUGCUCUUUGCGGAGCAGCAGCCUGGGGUCUGUAAAUAGUACCGUGAUAACAAAUAGUGCUAGCCUAAUCUCUCAACCAGGGUUUGUCAAGUGUAACUUUGCUGUAGAUUUUUGGUGUCAAUACGGUGUUUAUGUGUGUAGAGCAAAAACAACAACAAAAAAAAAACAACUUAAGUGUCACUGAGGAAAAAAAAACAACCGUGUGAAAGUGUCUGGUAUAUAAACACAUGCUUUACAUGAUGAUAAUGUUGAUUAGCCUUAGCUCUUAACAGUGUUUAACCCCCCUGUGAUGGCCAUCAGUGCAUAUUUCAAAGACGUGUUCUUGCUGUUUAGAGGUAGAUACAUAACAAUAAGUGUUCACUGUGUUUUUCUGUGUUGGCCACACUGUGUAAAUACGUCUGUUUGGUCCCAGAUGAUAAUAACGUCCAGACAAUUUGGUCUAACUCUUCUUUCCUUCCCCCCCUUCGUCCCUGCAGAUAGUUUAGUCUCACUCAGCGUAAUGGCAGACCAAUGCAAUAUUUAUGUAAGUAAUAAGUCUAUUUGCAUACUCUAUGGAUCCAUCGUUGUGUCAUGUGCUCGGUAACUGUACGUCUGUCAUGACCUUCAGGGUGGGAACUCACCUGCGACGUGGGAGAUGUUUGUGUUGCCUCACUUCUGGUGGGGCUGUAUUUGUAUUUAAAGACAAUGUGCUCUGUUCAUCAAAUUCCUUUUGUUUCAAGGAGCCGUUUGGGCGAGGAGCUGCCGCUGUGGGCCAGAAGUUUACGUACACUUGUAGAGAACAUGUAGGUAACGGCAGACUUGGGUUUCCGAUCAUUUUGGGCGCCUGCUGUGCAACAGAAGGUACACUUUUUUCCUGCAUAUUCAUAAUCUUCUACCACAUCUUCGGGAUGCUAUUCAUCCGGCAGCGCUGCCAAAACAUUCGUUAAAACAUCGGAAUGAUCGGGAAUGAUGUGCUUUGACUUUAAAGUCAUUUUCACGAAAUUCCCGUUGAAAAUAAUGGGGAAUCGCCAUGAACAGAGGUCAGAACCGCUCUACUUUGGGGGCACACCAAAUCGCCGUACUUUGACGUAGUUAUUGCGUCUUUUUUCCCAUUAUCCAAUGGGAUGAUUUGAGGAGAAACUGGUGGUGGUGGUUGCUGGAUACCCAGAGCUAUACAGCCCGAUGAUAGACAGCAGGUCGUCAAACUGCCCCAGUCGUCCUAAAAUAUACCUGGAAACAUCCGUCAUGGAGGAGAAGCUCCUGGACCAACUGGUGGUACUCCCCAUUGGACUUUAUCAGGCCUAGUGGGCAUUUUGAUAACUGGUACCACUUCAAAGAAAUCAAAGUUUACAUUUCAUGUUUUUUUAAGCGGUAGCAGGCACCUGGUCAAAAUGUCUUGCGGAAUUUUUUAGUUUCUUUAAGUGAAAAACACAAAAAAAUCCCUUCUAUGAAUUUAUUAUGGAUCUCCUGAAAGCGCGACCAACUCUACCGAGUACGAAAUCCACACGCAGCACCCUGAUGUAUCGGUUUUGACGAUGUACAAAGUUGUGUCACUCAGGUUUGCUCUGUGGAGUGGCCUCAUCACUUCUUGUGAGUGAUCAUGAUUGACUGCAGCUGGUUUGAAACACUCUUUAGUUUCAGCCACAAGCACGACAGUUGGAAAGUCUAAGGAGCUCAGCGUGGAUCUGGAAAAGUGAAUCAUUGACUUAAACAUGUCAGGACAGUCACUGGGAGACAUUUCAAAGCAGCUACGCCCCAAGAUCAAUGUCACUGCCACGAUCAGGAAGAAAAGUCAAGCUAUCGCCUGCAGCUGAGAGGAAUCUGGUCAGGGUGAUUAAGAGUCGACCAAGAACCACUUAAACGCAGGUCUAAGAUGAGUUGGAGGCAGCAGGAGCACAGGUUUCAGCGCCCACAGUCGAGUGUGUUUUACAUCACCGUGCAAGGAGGAAGUUUCGCUCCAGAAGCGGCACGUUAAAGGCCCUGAUGCACCAAGCCGACAGUCGGCCGUCAGUCAGUGUUAGGCUGUCAGUGAGCGUCUGUUGCCCCUCGUCAGCCGCUCUAGGCUUUUUUUUUUUGGCCGAUUCACUAUGUCGAAUCGGCAUCAGCAAUUCAGCGCAGCGCAUGUGAAGAGAAACAGAAGUGAGGAAAGUAAACAAAGAGCAAACACCAAGAGGGAGUGAGACCAAAACAGACUUGUCAGAUAAGGUAAGAUUCAUUUUCUUUAGUCACUGAGCUCUUUAAAGAUUUCCUGAUGGUUUGUGUUGUUGUUCGCUGCCGCACAGUAAAUACGCUCUUUAUUCUUUCAACACUGGGCUGUGUUGCUAACGUGCUAACUGGCUAACUAGCGCCAAGAUGGCUGGCGUCUCCCAGUUUCCCUUGUCAAAUGACAGUACAGACUGUUGCCGUCUGCCUGUGUGAAGAGUAACUUCUUGUCAUGCAGGCGCAGAAUGUACGUACAAACUAGCUGGCUGUCAGCUGUAGUCUUUGCGGUGUGUUCAUGUGCAACUAUUUGGCCGAGACACGACAAUGUGGGGCGACGCUAGUUCUUUGAAGUCGGUUUGGUGUGUCUGGGCCUCAAAGGCUCGACUAAAGUUGGCCACGGAUCACAUUUUGGAGGAAAGUUCAGGGGUCAGAUGAAACAAAAAUCGAGCUAUUUGGCUUCAGUGACCAGAGAUUCGUUUGGACGAUAAACAGUGAGGCCUUUAACCCAAGACCGUUAUACCUUUAGUCGAGCGCGGUGGUGGUCGUGUUAUGCUCUGGGCCUGUUUUAGCAUUGCUAUAAGUAUGUUUUUAACUCAGAAAACCCAUCGUAAAUACACAAAAGAACCAAAUUUGAUGGUUUUUUACACUGACGAAUACGAGUUGUAGAAAUGAUCGGAAACCCAAAACUGCCGUUACUUCUGCCCACAGCUGCAGCGAGGAUUUGGAGUUUGCAAAACUAGCUGGUGAAUUCUGGGAGAUAACGCCGUCGAGGUUUGGGGACAAGAUGACCUUUUGUCUCCGGCCCUGCUCGGCUCAAACACUGUCCUAGUUAGUGUGACUGUUGUACGAUGUUUCAGAGAAUAGCGCAUGUCUGACCUGCCGUCUCACUGAUCACCGUUCUCCUCACUGUUUAUUGUAAAGUGAUAGAUUAGGCUUCACCUAGUUAUGCACCUGUUUUUUAAACACUAAUAUAUUUUAUUUGUUAUACAGCACAUAAACAUUAAACUUUAUUUUUUUGAACUCUA